GGGACAAGCAUGUCUGCUCCACAUGUAACGGGUAUUUCGGCGCUCAUCAAACAAAAGUUCCUACAUUUCACUCCUGCAGCCAUUGCAUCCACACUUUCAACAACAGCUUCUCUAUCAGACAGAAAGGGUGAGCAUAUAAUGGCACAACGCACUGUCUUAAACCCCGACAUUAGUCAGUCCCCUGGAACACCUUUCGAUAUAGGUAGCGGAUUCGUCAAUGCAACUGCAGCUCUUGACCCUGGUUUGAUUUUCGACAUAGGUUACAAUGAAUACAUGAAGUUUCUCUGUAGCAUCAACGGAUCAUCUCCAGUUGUUCUCAACUUCACCGGUGAAAGCUGCUCGGCGUACAACUCCUCCCUUGCAGCCUCUGACUUGAACGUACCCUCAGUCACAAUAGCUAAACUAGUUGGUACUCGAACUGUACUAAGAUGGGUGACUAGAGAGGAAUAUUUAAGAAAAUCGAUGUAAAUAGCGAAAGAAAACGAUGGAUCAAGAUAUUAAACAACUAGAGAGGAGAUCAACAA